UUCACUGGAGAAGUGCAACGACGAGCUUGAUGACGACGUCCGGCGAUUUCCACUCGUUCCUAUGAACGAUGCCAAAUAUGAGUGCUCAGAAACUGCAGCUCCCCUCGCCACCAGCUGUCUUUUUUAUCCGCUUCGUCAGUCAUUUCAAGAUGAUUCUCCCCGCUGCUAUGGCAACUAGUUAGCCCGUGCUAACUUCGCCCACUUCCCAGCCGCACAGGACAGAGGUCCGAGAGGUUCCAAUCAUGGACGUGGUGUCACCAGAGCUCAACAGUGUCCUCCCCGAAGAGAUAAUGGACACUGAGGCGAUUGAGGAUGUGGCUCAACCUCAAGCCAACGACAUCAUAGUCCAGUCAGAGGUCACCGAGGACUCUUCAGUUCCCAUGGAAACUGAUACGCCUGUGGCAGUAAAACCUUUGGCCUCGACCACAGAACGCACUCAGGUUCUGACCACCUCCUCACCCCUUAAACUCAAACCUUUGCUGGCCACUUCAACAGCCACAACCAGAACGACAGACAGUGUGACCGGAGUCAGCGUCACAACGAGCGGCUCGCAGAAGCUCACCUCGCCCUUCGCUAUUUCGGCUGCAAACCAUCAAGUCAUUCUCAAUAAGGUGGCUUUGUCUCAGGCCACUGAGGCUGCAAAGUCGGUCGGGACUCACCAGGUCAUCAAGCAGGAUGGACAAAAACUUCUUGUGACCGCCAUCAGCAAGUCUGGACAGCCUAUAGUUCUGCAGAUCCCUCACUCGGCAGGAAAGCCUGCUGCUGUGCAAAGUGCGGCAGACGGCAAGUCGCCCGCUCCACAGUUCAAAGUGGUGACAAUUGGUGGAAGGACAGACCUGAAGCCUGUUAUGGGAACUUCUGGGAAUCAAGUGAACACGCUACAAGCCCAGCAGCUGAAGACCGUGCAGAUUGCAAAGAAAACUCCGGCGUCAUCAGCAGCCCCGUUCAAGUUCAUCAUCACGAAGACGGUCAACAGCAAAGUCCUGAGUCCGCAGACGUCCGUCUCUCCUGUCCUCACGGGCCGGGUCCUGACCCAGACAUCACCUGUGAUGACACCGAGGACGAUCACGCUUGCAGAGCCUCAAAACACCAGUAUCCAGAGCAUCCCGGGGAAAAAGAUUGCCAUCUCGCCGUUGAAAACACCCAGCAAGGUGACCGUAGUCUCCGUGGCCUCGCCGACCUCCAACACUCAGCAGAAGGCCGUCACCCUGCCAGUCAACGUGGCCCUUGGGCAGCAGAUCCUCGCAGUCCAGCAGUCCACACCUGUGUCUCCAGUCAAGGUGGCAACCAGCCAGGCGACUGUUCAGGGCAUCAAACCUGUCCAGGCUGUAGGAGGCGUUGGCCCCUCCCAGUUCAAGACCAUCAUCCCCUUGACCACGCAACCCAACGUGCAGCAAAUCCCGGUUCCUGGCAGCAGGUUUCACUACGUGCGUCUGGUCACAGCCACCACUGCGAACACACCGGUGCAGCACGGCAGUCCCAGUGCCAACACCGUCCCCACAGCCAAACCCAUGGUGGUUGGCGCAGGUGCGGUGAGGAUGUCGGUCCCGAUCGUCCCUGCCCCGACCAUGAAGCAGGUCGUCCCCAAACCCCUCAACUCUGCGGCUCAGGUGGUCACCACUUCUCAGUCGCAGCAGCGGCUCAUCAUGCCGGCGACUCCGCUGCCACAGAUCCAACCCAGCUUCACCAACCUCCCCCCUGGCACUGUCCUGGCACCGGCUCCUGGAGGAGGCAACGUGGGGUACACCGUUCAGUACGUCACCCAGGUCCAGCAGUCCCAGUUUGUGGCCCACUCGGGCAGCACAAACUUCUCCACCCCCACUGGUGUCCAGACUCCAGCCAGGCUGCCACUCAAUGGCAUAUCUGCGGUGGAGUCCACGUCGAGGCCCAGGAAGCCCUGCAACUGCACCAAGUCGCAGUGUCUCAAACUGUACUGCGACUGCUUCGCCAACGGAGAGUUCUGCAACAACUGUAACUGCAACAACUGCUUCAACAACCUGGAGCACGAGACGGAGCGCCUCAAAGCUAUCAAGACGUGUUUGGACCGGAACCCAGAAGCGUUCAAACCCAAGAUAGGGAAAGGCAAAGAGGGCGAGUCUGACCGGCGGCACAGCAAAGGCUGCAACUGCAAACGAUCGGGCUGCUUGAAGAACUACUGCGAGUGCUACGAGGCCAAGAUCAUGUGCUCGUCCAUCUGCAAGUGUAUUGGCUGCAAGAACUUUGAGGAGAGUCCGGAGAGGAAGACACUCAUGCACCUCGCCGACGCCGCCGAAGUCCGAGUGCAGCAGCAGACGGCGGCCAAAACCAAACUGUCCUCGCAGAUUUCGGACCUGCUCAUGAGGACCACGCCAGUCAUCUCCAGUGGUGGCGGGAGGCUGCCAUACACCUUCGUGACCAAGGAGGUUCUGGACGCCACGUGCGAGUGUCUGCUGGAGCAGGCGAGGAAGGCGGAGCUGACUCAGCAGGCACAGGUGGAGGCGGAGAGGAUGAUCCUGGACGAAUUUGGACAUUGCCUCAUGAGGAUCAUCAACUCAGCCGCGAAAGCGAAAGCAGACUUUAACCCCAUCAACUGCUAGAGGUGGACCCUGCAGGAGCCUGGGGAGUGGGAGGGAGCGGGCCGGAGACUCGGCCGAGGACCUGCAGGGACAGUUGGAGGAGUUCUGACACACUCCUGAUCAUCUCCUGCGGCGGAGCGACGCCAAUCCUCCUGCGCCGGCUUUUCCUUUUCUAAUGAAGAGUUUGAUGAUGUCAUCAGCCUCGCUGUGUCAUUGUGGCGACACUUUGGUAUUUAUUUUGUAUGACUUUAUAAUCCCCACCCACUUGGACUGCUGCACCCUGGAUAAAGGCAGGAUGACGGAGGCAGGACAGCUGUUUCGUAUUUAUUUUUAGAAUUUGUAACCAAUAACAUGCCUGAUAGCUUUGGAGAGGAGUCUUCCUGCAGCAUAUUCAGUCAACGGAGGGCCACAACACACACACACACACACACACACCAGGAUAUGACUCGUCGCUUACAAGCGCCAGUCAGGGCUUUUAUCAAGCACAGAGCUACUGAUCCGUCCAUGACCCUGGAAUCAUCGCACCAAUAAACACCAAGGUUUGAUUUGUGUUCAACUCGUGCGUCUGUUUCAAGGCCAAUUCGGAAUAAAGGCGUGACAGCGUCACGCACACGCUACAAUAAUUUGGUUUGACAAUGCAUCUGCCAUUACUGGAGGUAUCGGCCCUGUGAUCCCAGGCUAGCUGGGACAAAGCUUUUCAUGUAAAUAAGUGAACGUUCAGAAGAGGUGGUUUGUCAGCUUCCUGUCAACAUGGCACUGAUGUGACAGAUUCGCUCUGUAGAGGCCCAAGGAAACUGGAGUGAGUUUUAAAAGAAUUUAAACCCAGUCGAGCGACUUGAUUUCAGGCCCCCGAAUGGAGACAAACAUACGAGUCUGAAAAAGCUAAAAACCCGUCCCUGUAAUUUAUUUAAAGUUGUAUUUAUCGUGCUUUAGUUCAUUAAAAAAAGGAAAAAUCGGAACUAUUAUAGGAAAAAAAAUCCCUUUUUAAUAAUGAAUAAAUGUUGAAGCUAAUAAUUUAUUGAAGUUUUUCAUUUUUUUUCCAUUCAUGAUUGUCACAUUCUUUUUUUUUUUUGUUGUUGUUGUUUUAAAUCUCAGCUGGCUUCCCUCCUGUCCUCACAUCGGUGUCUUCAGGUGCUGGUUUGUCUAAAGUUGUAAAUAGACAGCAACUAUAUGCAAAUAGAAGCUCUGGUGACAAGCACUCUGAUUUGUCGCCGACGUAUGCAGAAUCUGUUUUUUUUUUUAAAGUGCCAACUGACCUUUAACUCUGUUUCUGUUGUUACAUUUAAAUACACGAUUGUAAAUUAAAUAAUGUAGAGCAGCCUCUAUGGUUUUCCCUCUUUCGUUGCUCUACCUCUCACCACCUCCUGACUCUCCCCAAAUCAGAGGCCGUCGAUCUUGGAGAUCGUAAUCUGAAAAAGCGUGAAUCGCUGAGCAGCCGUUCAAGCUUUGCUGUUGCAGUAACUGAACGUGACCAACAGGGGCGCUGAUCACGCUCGGCGUUGCCUGAGUGAAUCGCAGAAGAAGGAGCAGCAGGCUGCUGUGGAAAUUGGCGUGUUGGUGAGGUUGGAUUUUAUCUGUCCCAAGUUAUGUGCGCACCUUCUAACUCUGUCUUCUAACUUUCCAGCGGUGGGACCUGCGUUGGCGGUUCAGGUGAGUUUCCACGUGUUUCCCUGUCGUUCUGUCCCAAUGAUUAAACCAAUCACUACCCAUCUGAGCCAGUGACACUGGCGGAGAUUAGAGUGAGCUGUCAUGAGGGUUCUGAAUGUUGGACGGUGCAGUGCUGCGAAAGAAGAAUGGGUCCUAAUGUGGGGUUUUUCUUCUUUCAGAGUCGACCUGUGGGGGCAGAGCUUCGGUUGUCAAUCUUCAAACAAGAACGAAAAUGAACGUUCACAACGCCCUAUUGGAUUUCCUCCGGAUUCUGCUGAAGCAUGUAAAUGAACACACAUGCUGAAGCCUUUAAACGCAAGGGCCGUAUUCAUCUAAAAUAAUGUCACUGAAAAUGCAGGCACUUCAACAUGUUGGAGACUGAGACGCUCCAAAAGUACGGAGCCCUGGAGGUGACAUGCAUAUGGUUAUUUUUUUUUUUUGGAUGUGGCGUGCAUGACUUUAUUUUUUUUUUUGCCUGAGAUAACUAUUAUCUUGAGAUAAUUUUUAUCUCAAGAUACAAUGGUAAACAUCAGCGCAUGCGUAGCUCUCUCUCUGGCGGAACAUUUUAUAUACGUCCUCCUGGAACCACUGUGUCUCCCAUGGCUUCGUAACUGUUCGUCAAUGUUGUCAUUCACUGUCUGCAAGUCUGUGUGCUUUUAACACUCAGAUCAAGUGCCUUCUACUCAGAAUAAUACCAUAUGUGGCUAAGCUAUACGUAUUACACAACCCUGGAAGCGACAUGCAUGACUUUAUUUUUUUUAUCCCGAGCUAACAGUUAUCUCAAGAUAACAGUUAUCUCGAGAUACAAAUGAUCUUGAAAAAAAAAUAAAGUCAUGCAUGCCACAUGUGGUGUUAUUUUGAGUAGAAGCCACUUGGUCAGA